AUGAACCAACUUCCCCCAUCUCCACCCCCAGAACCCAAUCCGGAGUCGCAACCCCAAGAGCUAGGGCCGGUUCCGCUAACAGCCCCUGCGCGUACGACACCGAUCCACGAACUCCUUCCCAACAUCCGUGUUCCGUCCGAUCCACUCCCAUGCCAUCGAUAUCACCCUGUAACUUGUGCACCGUUGGAUGUUAUUGAACACAAGGCUGAGCUGCAGCAACUACGCAAAGAGCAUACGACUUCUGUCGCUGCAUUGAAGGCACAAAAAGAUAUCGCAAAAGAGGUUAAAAGGAGAAUAGAGGAAGCCGAAGCAAAGACGGAUAGUAUCCAGAAGCAAAUGAAGCGAAAGACAGAAGAAAGGGAUACUGAAAGAAGAGUAUUCUCAAAAAUCAAAAAGGAAAAAGAAGGGAAAAUGUAA